AUGUUCGAAUUCACAGGGGCAUCUGCCAUGCUCUUUCUCCCUCGAGAGCUAGCAGAGCGCAUCCUCAUUUUCUGCCAUCCUCGCGAUGUUUCGAACUUUGCGCAGACAUGCCGCGGUGCCCAUGAUUUGGUGUACAAGUCCAAAGACCAGUAUCUCUGGCGCGAGCUCUUCCUCGAGCUGCCCUUCGACGACCUUCGCAAAGCCGUCCUACCGUUCGGCGCGAAGAAAGUGGAUUUCGACUGGAAGAUGGAGCUCCAGCGCAGGAUAGAAGCUGAGAAGGUAGCACAGUCGGCCAUCGAGGGACCGGACUUCACGCGCGCACUGCAAACCUUCAUGUCCGUGAUCGAGACUGCGCUUCCGGCCACGGCUACGCCUGGCACCGACUCUACAAACCUGCUCUGGCUCGAUGGCGUCCUGCAGAAGUGUGCGUUCCAUUAUUUCCUCGUGCCCAGCUCGGAGCGGCAGCUACACGGCCGCUUGCGUGCCUACCUCGCGCUCUGGCACGAGAACGGGGACACCGACGAGUCUCGCCGUCGCCUGAAUGUGCUGCGCCGCACGAGCCGCUGUUAUGUCUAUGACCUCCGCAAGUACGAGGAGGAGACACUUUGGGGGCCGUACGUCGUUGGAGAGAAGGGCAUUAAGGUCAAUUGGGAGCAUAUGGAGCAUAUUGUUACCGUGGUCGCGAUGAAGUUGCGCGAGCUCCCGCUUCUUGCGCUGCAGAUUUACGGCUACCCUGUGCCUGGACUGGGUGGGUUGCGCGCGUAUUCUGCCCCACACUCAUUUUCGCGUAAAGCCCAUGACUGGGCUGGCGUCUCGGGUGUCUGGAGGCGCUUUGUGUGCUUUAUGGAUUAUCGUGACCUCUUUGCAUUCAAUUUUUCUUCAUCCCGCAAUGGGGCCCGUGACCCUUCGUUCUUCGGCGAGAAUUACCAAGAAGCAAUUCGUCCCGUUGAGUUGCACCUGGAGGUGGUCGAUCCCGAAGAUGGAGCGGACGCAGAGACGAUAACAGACUAUCCGCCCCUUUUCUUUAAAGGCUUCUCGCGCGGCAGCCACAGUGGCGAGGCUGCCGUCGAGGGCUCCGUGCGUUUUCUCUCGGAUGGCUGUAUCAGGUGGUUCUUCGUCACGAAGUAUGAUGGGCUGACGCAAUGGAGCGCCGAGGGCGUCCAGCUUGGGAAUGUGUGCAGCAUGGCGGGCGUCGCAGGUAUUUGGACGGGGGCAUUUCACGAGGAAGCUGAUCCUGCCGGUCCAUUCUGGAUGUGGAAAGCACACAGUGCUCUGCCAUUCUAUCAUAACUAG